UUAUUGUCUAAUUACUACUUAAUCUCUUAAAUAUAUUAUUCAAUUUACCAAACCAGUUACAACUGCAAGCAACAAGAGUUCCGAUAAAAGUAUUUCAAAUAUUUUUUAUUUCAUUUAUAUCAUUAAAAAUGGUAAGCAAAAACAUAUUAUGUAGUCUAUUCGAGACCCUUAUCACCAAUUACCAAUGAUCUUUUUUGAUGGCUAAAAGAAGAAUGUUAUCAAAGUCUUUGGCAGUAAUUUUAUUAUUUCACUUUAGACAACUGCAAAAAUAAUCAUCAAUUUAACAUAGGUUGGGAUGUUCCAUCUAUAGGGGCAGUCUAAAGAGUAUCCAAUAAAGUAGGAAAUGAAACUGGAUUUGUAAUUCCUGACUACACAGUUAUCACUUACAAAAAUAUUAAUAAAGAUUCUUAAACACAAAAUCCUUAAUCUAAUUUACAAUUACCUAAUAAAUUUGUAGCUUUGGCUUAAAAAAACUUAAUCUAAGAUAAUUACAAUAAUGAAAUUAAAAUCUAAAGAAGCAUUGAUAAUAGCAUUGAAAAAUUUAAGUCUGAGGAAACACUUAAAGAGCAAACUAAUAAAUAAAUCAGAGACAUCUUAGCUAAAUAAAGAAGAGAAAACUAGUAAAAUUUAAAAUACAAAUCUUGA